AUGGACUGGGACAUCUCUCCUCAUGGCAGGUUUUUGCACCACUCCAUGGAGGUGGAUUUCUGGAAUCUUAGCAGUAUUGUGUCUUUUGUUGAUGGCUAUUUUGGGAAUUGUUUUGAAAAACUCAUUUCAUAAAUUAGAUAUUGAACCAACACUUUCUCCAGGAACCACCCUCAAAUCCCAGGAAGAUUCUGACUGUUGUUCUUGCCAGGAAGGCUGGAUCCUGUACAGAUGCAACUGUUACUUCAUUUCCAGUGAACCAAAAACUUGGAAUGAAAGUCAAAAUAUCUGUGUUUCUCAGAACUCCUUACUUUUUCAGAUGCACAACAGAGAUGAAUUACACUUUAUGAAAUUAAGUAGAGAAUUUUACUGGAUUGGAGUCAUCUACAGUGAAAAACUACAAACCUGGGUGUGGCUGAAUGGCUCUGCUUUCCCUCCAAAUCUAUUCUCAUCCUAUAAAACUACAAAUCCAAAGAAGUGCAUAGUAUACAACCCAAACCUUGGUGCUCAGGAUCAACCCUGCAUGUGGACACACUUAUUUAUCUGUAAGCAAGAACUUACAGGUGUUUCUUGAGGCAGAGGUGGAGAAUGACGGUCCAUCUAAAGAAUGGUAUUCCAAUUAUGUAUUUCUAG